UACUGUGUUCAUACUUAUUAAAGGGCUAUUAUAUGCCUCACCUUACACUGCACUCUAUACAUCUACUAGCUUUCGAAUUGGCGAACGGCGUACGAACUAAAAAGCGGCAUCAUUGGGCGCAAGUACCUCUGGUUUCCUUAAGCAGGGACGAAGACGUGUUUUGUUUUGUUUGGACAAGACAGGCGGAUGGCUAUGAUGGUGUUUUGGAGUCUCGGGGCGUGCCUUACUCAGGUUAAACCGAAUUUUGCUAGUCCAGUUUUAGGCACCCUUAUCGAGACAUCCGUGUUGUCGAAGAACAUGUGUUGGGGAUAUUUACCAAUGGUCGAUUUCUUGCUUGGAAAUCUCAAAAAGAAAAAGCGCUGCAGUAUUGUGGUUCGAGGCCUCGGAUCUCUUGGUCUUACCUCGAGCCAGCUACCACUAUUUACUCGAAUCUAGAGAGCCUACGUACGCUCAAUGAAUUGAUCUAUCUACUUUACUUUAUUUUCG